ACACUCCGCCACCACUUUCCCACGGUUUACACACACUCUACGAACGAAUGCUGAAUAAGGUCGCAAUGCCAUACGGUAUACCGUACGAUACGACGAAUGCUGAGCCAACGUUGGGCUAUUCACUACUUUAGCUCGUCACAACAAUCACUGACAGACAGACUGACCGUAACCGUGUGAAUUUUAUCAUUUUUACCUCAGAUCACGUAGUACAAAUGUGUCAGACCAAAAUAAGCUCCCAUGCAACAAGGUAGGAAGCUCCAUAGGAAUUGCCGUGGAACUUUGGAGAGCUGGGAACCUGUUUUUACGAGCUGACGAGGGUAGCAAGUGAAGCCGCCAUGGCCUUGUCGCCAGGUGAGCGGGAGAAGCCGGGGAGUUUGCCCGGAUCUCCGGUGGAGCAGCAGCAGCCGUCGAGGGCUGACAAGGGGGACCGGGAGACCCAGCUGAAAAGAGCCGAAUAUGAGAGAAUGGAGAGUUGGCUUGACGCUCACUCGGCCUUUGCCCAUGACUAUUUCGCCAGGAAGGCAACCAGGUCCAUGAUCGACGGAUGGUAUAUCCACCGUGCUGUAUCGCAAAGCACCAAACCUCCGGUUGCUGAAUCGCCACACUCGCCCAAUAGCUCCUCUGGGAGUAAUACCCCGGUGCGUAAGGUCUCUGCUUCCGAGUUCGAGGUCCAUGGGACAGGUGGGUCACUUGGACGAAUGGUCCAGACCGUGGAUGGUUCCCCAAGCUUUCUAGGAACCCCUAGUUACCUGCUGAACCAAGGGAAAUCGUCGCCCACCCGGAGCAGGAAAUCAUUAAACGAACUCAAGGCUCUGGACGAUAGGGCAGUGCUUAUCGAACUCGUCAAGGAUAUUGCUAAUGAGCUCGAACUGAGCAUGCUCUGUCACAAAAUCUUGCAGAACGUGUUGAUACUGACUAAGGCCGAUCGGGGGUCGCUCUUCUUGGUGCGUGGGAAGGGAACGGAGAAGUGUUGCCUAGCAACCAAGCUGUUUGAUGUGACCAUUCAGUCCACUGUGGAGCAGACACGGGAGGAGAUACGAGUUCCUUGGAGGAAAGGAAUUGUGGGAUAUGUAGCUGAGACAGGAGAGACGGUCAAUAUUGCCAAUGCAUAUGAGGUAUGUCCGAAAAUUCCUGCUCAAUUAAAAAAAAAGAUAUUGAAAAUCAACUAAUCUACAACCAAAUUUAGAAUCCCUGUAAUAGAGUCUAGACUAAUCCUAUUAAACCUAUCCCAUAAUCCUAUAUGGUAAGACUACAUUAACUAUAGGAUUAUAUAGGGAUUAAUAGGAAUGCUCUUUUAUCAGUUGUGUAAGAUUUCCACACUAUCCCCAUUGAUACAUUUUAUUAAAAUGAACAGGACCCUGCAUUAAAACCCAUUAUAAAAAUGCAAAAUAAUUCAUGUUUUUCUUUAAUAGUUUAUCCAUUUUACAACCCCUCUUUACAGUACUAAGAGAUUUUAAAUGGGGGGGGGGGUGUUGGAGCCCCGAGGAAAGGUCCAGCUCCAAACACAUAACAAUUGACCCUUGCGAUCCUUGUCUUCAAAACCACAUUCAAUACAUCAAUGGUAACCAUACAUUGACAGUCCGUAUACAUGCCAAGAAUUUUAGAGUUAAGAUCUAUUGAAUGAUCAUCAAAACUUGGUUUGGGUUUACAAUAUUUUAUAAAG